GCAGCCGCAGCAUAACAGGCGCAGGCAGACAGACGCAGCAACAGCAGAAGCCAUGGCAGACGAAAAACCCAAGGAGGGAGUGAAGACAGAGAACAAUGAGCACAUCAACCUGAAGGUGGCAGGGCAGGAUGGCUCAGUGGUGCAAUUCAAGAUCAAAAGGCACACUCCUCUCAGUAAACUGAUGAAAGCUUAUUGUGAACGGCAGGGGCUGUCAAUGAGGCAGAUACGAUUUCGAUUUGACGGUCAGCCCAUCAAUGAAACAGACACACCCUCGCAGCUAGAAAUGGAGGAUGAAGAUACGAUUGAUGUGUUCCAACAGCAAACCGGUGGCUUUUCUCUUUAAAGACUGUUUCCUACAAACAUCCCUACCUCCCCUUUUCAUCCCUGAACAUCUUUGUUAUGCCCAAUCUUCAAAUCUUCAAAUCUUCAUGACCAGUGUUGAUACCAUCCAGUGGAAUACUUUUACAAAAUGCUCCAAGGCAGCGGCACAGUUAAUAGAUUCAUCCAUAAUGUCAUUCUUAUGUUAACAUGUCUGAACUUUGCAGUGUAAGCUGCAGUGAGACUAAUGUGCUGCAGAUUUUAAAAGCUUGCCAUGUUGAUUUUAUUUCUGGAGGUUUUAUAGAAAACUCCUUGGUCCUUUUUUGUUUUUAUACUUAUGUCAUUGAGUUUCUGAUUCAGGUGGAAUUUUAUUGUGUUGUCAAUUAAAGCCUGCAGUUAAAAUUCACAUCUGUUGUUAUGAAAAUGUAUUAUUGGAAUAAAUUGAGGGUUUUUUUUAAACAA